AUGGCACCAGGAGGACCAGCAGCCGGACGUGGCAGAGGUGGAAAGUUUAAGAAGUUCACUCGUGGGGGUGGUAAACACUUCUCUCGUGAUCUUAGACCUCUCGAUGCCAAUGGAAACGAAAUCCGCGAAAAGAAUGCCGAUGAAUCAUCCUCAGAAGAAGAAGAGGACUCAGAAGAGGAAUCCUCCGAAGAAGAGGAAGAAGAGAAGCCAGAGAUGACCCGUGAACAACGUCGCGCUGCUGCCAAGGCGAAGAAGGAAGCUGCUAUCAAGAAGAAGAACCAGAAGGUCGCACAAGUUGGAGAUCUCCCUACCGAUAGCGAAGAGGAGAGUGAGGAUGACGAUAUGCCUGUCAACCCCAACCAUAGCAAGGCUGCUAGAAACCAAGCCAAGGCCCCACCAAAGACUGUCGAUGAAGUUGCAGGAGAUGUUGCAAAGAUGAGCGUCAGCAAGAAGCCACAAGAGUUGAGUCGCAAAGAAAGAGAAGCAAUUGAAGCACAAAAGAAAAAAGAAGCAUACCAAAGAUUACAUCUUGCAGGAAAGACUGAUGAAGCUCAAGCUGAUCUUGCAAGAUUGGCAAAGGUCAGAGAGGAGAGACGCUUGGCAGCGGAACGCAAGGCCGCCGAGGAAGAAGAACGUAAGGAGCAGGAGCAAGCAAAGUCGGAGCAAUUGGCGCGGGAACAGAGGAGAAGAGAAGCCGCUAUGGGACCUGCAGCUAAAGGAAAGAAGGGAAAGAAAUAA